CGUGAAAGCUGAAUCUCGAGACAAACCCUACUGCUACUCAGCUCCACAUUUCCGGUAAAAUGGAAGAGGAAAUCAAAAAAGAAUUCACCAAGGGCGGAUUCACUCUCGACGACGAGGAAGAGAUUCUCCAGAAAUGUCUGACAUUUUGUAUACAAUACAAGCUCAGCGCGUCGGAUAUUGUCGCCAACUGGGAUUUGUACUCUAUCAACAGGGGCCUGGACUCUACAGUACGGAGCUCACAUAUGGGUCCCUUUUUGGAGCAGUUGCAGAAUGAACAGGUGGAUAAAGUCAAAGAGAAAGCAUCUGGGUUGCAUCUGUACUCUAAUGAUGUAUCUAUGAUAUUGAAUGGUAACUAUGGAGAAACAGAAGCCAUACUUGAUACCCCCCCUGAUAAGCACACAUUAUCGCUUCAGAAAUCAUCCGAUUCAGCACAAAGGACGAAUAGCAUCAAGCUUACCUCUGCAAAACCUCUAGAACCAGUGACACCUUUUGGGUCAAGAAAGAAUAAAUUUAUCGUGCAAUUGACACUUAAUGAGCAUCUAGACAUGCAAACUAUUAAAACAGAGGACGAUAAGGAAAAUUCUGAAGAUGAGAUCAUCAGGAGAGUUCAACCUAGUAAAGAAUGUUCUCUGAUAGUUGAUAGAUCUCAGCCUGAGCCUGGUUGUAGGUUCAUGUAUGAUAGAAUUGAGGACAAGUUUAAUUUCCUGGAAAAUUGCAUAACAAAACGAGCUACUGCAUAUGUGUCCUCUGGGCGAUAUGAUGAACCAGUUGAUCCUUCUGUAGCUUCUCAGGAAAGCAUUUUUGCUGUUGGCAUGAUCUGUUGCGAGGAGGAAGGCCGUCUGAAGGAAAAGGCCACUUUGUUGCAAAGCAGUGUCGAGCAUUCUGGUGGGCAGCGAGUUCGUCUUGACUUGCAAAAAUUAAACCAAUAUUCGAUUUUUCCAGGCCAGGUAGUGGCUGUUGAAGGGCGCAAUCCUAGUGGACAUUGUGUUAUUGCAUCAAAAAUUAUUAGUUAUCCACCCUUGUCUGCUGCAACUGAUGAGGAACAUCCUUCGAAAAAACAAGCUUUGGGUCGCGAUCUUCAGCUAAGGGAACCCUCACUAGAUACACCAGAGGUGUCACUGAUUGUUGCAGCGGGUCCUUUCACUACGAGUGAUAAUUUAUUAUUCCAGCCUCUAAACGAUCUUCUGGCUUAUGCACAGCGAAAGCAACCUCAGUUGCUUGUGUUGCUAGGACCGUUUAUUGAUUCUGAUCAUCCAGAGCUCAAGAAAGGAAUCAUUAAUCAGACCUUUGAUGAAUUGUUUCGCAUUGAGAUUCUUGGAAAGCUUCAAGAUUAUGUCGAUUAUAUGGGCUCUACAGUGCGUGUGAUUCUUAUGCCAUCUAUCAGAGAUGCGAAUCACGACUAUGUUUUUCCUCAGCCUGCUUUUGAAAUUCAUCCUGCAGAUUUUAGUUAUCAGAUAAAGAGUAUCUCUAAUCCAGGGAUGUUUUCUGCUAAUCGGGUGAAAGUCGCUUGCUGCACUGUUGAUAUACUUAAACAUCUCAGUGCUGAGGAAAUCUGUCGAAAUCCUCAAGGGGGGUCGAAGCAGAGGUUGACGAAUCUAGCUAAGCAUGUAUUAUCCCAACAAAGCUUCUAUCCACUGUAUCCUCCUUCAGAAGAUGUUCCCUUGGAUUUCUCUCUAGCAAGCAAAGCGCUACUCUUCUCAUCGAUUCCAGAUAUACUAAUAUUACCUUCAGACUUAGCUCACUUUGUGAAGGUGGUCGGUGUUGAAGAUGCAGAUGGGGAAGAGCAAGUCAAGUGUAUCUGUGUGAAUCCUGGGCGACUUGCCAGAGGCGAGGGAGGCGGGUUUUUUGUUGAAAUCAACUACAGAGGGGAUCCAGAUUCAUCAAGUGCUUCCAUAAUACGCAUAUAGACCUUGUACCAUAUUCAGAAACAGAUGAUGCUUUAUUUCGGACAUAAAGAAGAAAAUCAAAUACUAAUUCAAAGAAGCUCACCACCCACCUCUUCUGCAACUGAAUCAGAUCUCCUAUGAUGUACAUAUAGUUUGAAGAUAUACUCUGUAUUAAUAGGUUGAUGCUGUGGGUUUCGAAAUUGUAGCUCUUCUUACUACUGCUAGUUUGUGGCUUUGAUAGACUUGGGAGUCUCUACUAAUAUCAUUGCUUGAACUAGCCUUUUUAUUUUUACAUUAACAGAAUUUAAAUCCAAUUUAGUUAGUGGUAAACCAAUUUAAGGUUGGUUGAA